AAAACCAUAUUGUAUGUGCAUAUUCACUUGUUUUCUUAUUACGCAUUAGAAAUAUGUUAUAAAUUUAUAUAAAUAAAAUUAAUAUUUAUUGUGUGAACAAAUAGUAAAUAUUAUUAUUAGAAUUUCUAAUAAAAUAAAAUUUAAAUAUUAAUAAAUUUAAAUAUUAAUUGAGAUUUUCAUUAUUAAAUUUUAUUCAUUAUAAUUUAUAUUUUAUUAAUUAUAAAUAAUAAUGUGUGCCAACAUUAAUAUUGCGGCUAAUACAUUUAAUGGAUUUUUGAAUAACAAUCAUGAUUUAAGUAAUGGAAGUAAAAAAAUUGCAAGAAUUGUCAAAAUAAUUCCAGUUAUGAUUCAACAAAUAAAAUCAUUUAACAAUGAUUCACAAAAUCAUGUAUUUACUUUUAUUGGUAUUGUGAAUUGUAUAGAACGAAAUAAUAAUAAAAUAACAUAUGAAAUAGAAGAUGAUACAGAAUUUAAAAUAUCUAAAUCUAUGGAUACUUCUGAAUCUUCCAAAGACAAUACUUUUGUACAAAAUGAUGUUUCUGCUCAAUCAAAUACUAAAGAAAAAAAACCAACAUGUAUUAUUAUUCUUGGAAUGGCUGGAUCUGGCAAAACUACAUUUGUACAAAGAUUUGUUUCGGUAUUAUACAAAUUAAAAAAACCAUAUGUAAUAAAUUUGGAUCCUGCAUGUAAAGAAGUUCCUUAUCCAGCUAACAUAGAUAUAAGAGAUACCGUGAAUUACAAGGAAGUAAUGAAACAAUAUAGUUUAGGACCCAAUGGUGGUAUUGUUACUGCAUUAAAUCUUUUUUCUACAAAAUUUGAUCAAGUCAUAGAACUUAUUGAUAAAGCAGGCAAAGAGCAUGAAUAUGUAAUUUUGGAUACACCUGGACAAAUAGAAGUUUUUACAUGGUCAGCAAGUGGAACAAUCAUAACAGAAGCUUUAGCAUCUCAAUUUCCAACAAUUGUAGUAUAUAUAUUAGAUACUGUAAGAAGUGUUAAUCCUGUAACAUUCAUGUCUAACAUGCUUUAUGCAUGUUCUAUACUUUAUAAGACUAAAUUACCAUUUAUUGUGGCUAUGAAUAAGAUUGAUAUAGUUGAACAUAGUUAUGCAGUAGACUGGAUGCAGGAUUUUGAAGCAUUCCAAGAAGCUCUGGAUUCAGAAACAAGUUAUAUUAGUAACUUAACACGUAGUAUGGCUCUUGCACUUGAUGAAUUCUAUAGUCACUUACGUAGUUGUGGAGUUUCUGCUGCAACAGGAGCUGGUAUUACUAAGUUUCUUGAACUUAUUAAAGAUGCUGAAGAAGAAUAUGAAAGAGAAUAUAAAAAAAUUUGGGAAAAAAUGAAGAUUAAACGGGAUGCACAACGACAAAAAGCAGAGAAAGAACAACUUGAAAAAGCAAGUCAAGAAGUUUCAGGAGAAAGUAUACCAUUAAUAACAACAAUCAAUAGUGGAAGAGAAAUUUCAGAUAUAUAUUUAAAACAUGCUGGUAAUGAAUCAAGUGAAGAUGAAGAAGGUACAGAAAAUCCAUUUAAAGAUGAAGAAGAUGAUGAAGAAGAAAGAAAAGAAGCUGAAUCCUUCAAAAAUUUUUUAAACAGACACAAAAUACAACAAAAUAAACAUAUAGUUAAUCAAUCCACAAGCAAUAAUACAUAAUAUUAUUUAUUAUUUAUUAAUUAUAUAUAUUAAAAAAUAAAUUUCAUUAUUGAUAAACAAA